GCUAUUUCUCCGCUCCGCUCCUCCGUCGGCGCGGCGCUCGCUCGGCUCGGCGCUCGGCGUUCAGUCCUACCUACAUACUUGGCGGAGAGCGGAGGCGAGGAGCUCGCAGCGGAGCGUGGCAUUUUCGAGGCGCAGGCGCGAUGUCCGCGUGGCGUGGCUCUCGCGUAGCCCAGUGAUGUGAACAAGUGAACCCGGACAGUGCAACAGCGUGUUUGUAAACAGUGCAGUGCGGUGCAGUGUGGUGAGGUGCGACAGUGCAGUGCCAUUCCAGUGGAUUACUUUGGCGAGCGCGUACGACGCGCGUGGCGGGCGCAUGGACGCCGAGAGUGUGUCGGCGGUGAGUGGUGAGCGAGGGCUGCCGCCAUGCAGUGAGUGGUAGCAUGGCCCACCCGGCUGCCGCCAACACGCAGCACCACUGCAAGGACUGCAACAUCUUCUUCGACAGCUCCAACUCGCUGGACGUGCACCUGCAGUACCACCAGGAGAAGCCGCUGGGCAAGUGGGGGCCGGCCGGCGGCGCGGCGUCCAGCAGCCAUGGCGAGGACAACAACAACUUCAUCAAGCCUCACCCAGCCCUCACCGCGGCCCAAGGCCCUGGCAGUGCGGGCGCCAAGCGCGACCCAAGGGACUUUGGGUCGGUGACGGCGCCGGCAGACUCGAGCGACAUGCAGGCAUUCCAACAGCAGCCUGGCCAGAACUUCCAACCUUUCUCGCCGCAGUUCAACUUCAACAACAGAACGCGCAGUCCUACGCCCAACGGCAUGACGAACCAAGGAUUUGCCGGCCAGGGCGGCCAGCAGCAGCAACAGCAGCAACAGCAACAGGAGUUCAACAACAUGCGGCCGUCGAGCGCGGGUUCAGUCAAACAAGAGCCCGGCACCUUUGGCUUCAACCAAGAGCCUCAGCCAGGUGAGCAGAACGGACCCAAUAGCGGUUACAUCUUAGGCCCCAACGACGACUUCCCCGUCAUGCCGCCAGGCGGCCCUGGCGGCCCCGGCGGCGCGAGGCCGCCGUCGACGCCCGGAUCGGCGCCUCCGCCGUCGCCCCAGUCGACGCAGAUGCAGAUCCCCACGUCGACGCCGUCGUACCGCUUCCACCCGUACGGCGGGCACAUGCCGCAGCAGUACACCGAGCGCAGCGUCGUGUCGUCGUCCUCCCCCGUGCCGCGGCCGUCGCCAGCCCCCUCGCCGCAGCACUGCGAGAAGUGCGGCGUCAUGUGUCCGUCGCAGGAGUCGCUGCGCGAGCACCAGGCCAUGGCGCACCCGCCCCACGGCCCUCCACAUGGCCCCCACGGCCCGCCACACGGCCCGCCACACGGCUUCCAACAGUUCCAGCCCUUCCGCCCCAUCAAGGCCGAGGACGAGGAGUCCUCCAUCCUGGACCUGGACUCGCAGAAGAUCAACAACGCGUACCACCAGCAGCAGCAGCAGGAGGAGGAAAGGCGGCGCCAGCAGCAGAUGGGCGGCCAGCACUCCGUCUCCGCGCUGCUCAACUGGGUCGACAACAACGCGCCCCCGCCGUCAGGACCCCCUGGCCAUCCCCCCGGUCAUCCCCCUGGCCACCCCGGCGGUCACCCCGGCGGCCAUCCCGGUGGCCACCCUGGCGGUCACCCUGGUGGUCACCCCGGCGGCCACCCUGGCCAAAUGUGGCAGCGCAACGGCAUGCAGCCCGUCAACGUGGGCGUCAACGGCCCCCUCGGCGGCGGCAUGCCACCCAGCCACAUGGGUCCUGGGCCUGGCCCCGGCCCCGGCUCUGGUCCUGGAGGGCAUCCUGGCGGGCAUCCUGGAGGCCAUCCCGGCGGCCACCCUGGAGGCCCGCCCUUCAACCCGGCGCACCACGGUAUGCAAGUUCCUCACCCCCAGCCGCAGUACCAACACCGGCCGUACCUCAACGCGGGCCCCGGCGGCCCCGCUGGUCCUGGCGGUGCCGUCGGCGCCGUGCCCAGCGGCGAGAACGCCGUCAACGGCAGCCCCAUGGCGCAGCAGCUCAUCUCGUCGUCGGCGAACCCGCUGUCCCCAGGCGGAGGCCUGGACGGCGGCGGCCAGACCAUGAGCAAGGGCGGCGGCAAGGUGAGCGGCAACGCGACGUGGAAGUCCAACGAGGCCCGUCGCCCCAAGACAUACCACUGCUCGGCCUGUAACAAGUGGUUCACCAGCUCAGGCCACCUCAAGCGGCACUACAACACGACGCUGCACAAGAACGCCGUCAAGCAAAGCGGCGCGCCGGACCCGGCGUCGCUGCCCGUGAGUACGCACCACCACCCCGAGCGCGACCCGAAGCACGGCCCCAACGGCAAGCGUGCCACCCCCGUCAACCUAGACUCGUCGGCCAGUCCCGCGCCCAGCAGCGGCGGCGGCGAAGAGUCCUCGCCCAGUGACGACGCCAGCCACAGCAACGGCUUUGGACGCACCACCCCAGUGCUGCAGCAGCAGCCGCCCCCGCAGCAGCCCAUGCAGCACAUGCCGCCGCCCCACCAGCCCCACCAACUCACGGCGAGUCCCCCAAACCGGCUGGCAGGUCCCUCGGAGAUGACAACGGGGGGCCUGCUGCCAAUGUCACCGUACCACCACGACCCGGCCCUGGCGCCGCUGCCGGGUCAGCCUUCUCCAACUCAGCAUCCUUUUUUAGGGGUGGGUUUGCACCCUUCCCUGCCGCCGCCACCGCUCUCGGCGCCUCACCCUAUCCACCAGCCGUCGCCGCUUCACCAUUUCCAGCAUAUCCCGCCUACCUCAAUGGGCCCCAACCCGGGGGGGCACCACCCGCCCCCUUCCUCGAUGGGCGGCCUCCAUUCUACGAUGACGGCUUACCCAAACGGUCUGCCCCCCCACGAUUCUAUCCCAACGACGCUCUCUACCAGCCACCACCACCCCCACCACCUCACCAGUACUACUGGUAACCCGCCGCUGGAUGCGCCGGGCACGCUGCUGCCACCCAUGUCCACCUUGGUGCAGUACCCGGCCAACCCGGCAUUCGGCGUGGACAGCUACGGUGGAUACGUGGUUAGCGCGUCCCAGAACGUGGGGGGGCUAAGUCCCGUCCCUAUGGACACCAACGCGAUGAUGCCCCCAGGCCACGACGCCCACCUGUCGGCCAACGGCGACAUCGGCAUCAAGAUCACCAACAGCUACUCGAUGGCCUCGCUGAGCGUGGUCGAUCCCCAUCACCAUCCUGAAGAGUCAUCUGAGCACCUCGUCGAGGACACCAAGCCGGUCCUGGUGGACCUGGACGCCAAGCCGCCCCGGUCGCCGCCGGACUUCCCCACCUCGACGGACGACAUCAUGAGGGAGAAGGAGUUGCAGCGGCAGCGCAUGGAGGAGACCGGGCAGCCCGCGCGCAAGCGGCGGAAGAGGCCGCGCUCGGAGGACACCAACGUGAACGUCAUCUCCAGCUCCACGGAGGGCAAAUCGCCGCCAGAGAAGUUCGAGAAGUACGACAAGGUGACCAACAUGAGCGGCGGCCUGGUGUUCAAGUCGUCCAUGAUAUCUGAGGGCGGCUUCCACAAAUGCCUUGACUGCGACAAGGUGUUCAACAAGGCCUGCUACCUUACGCAGCACAACAAGAGCUUCCAUGCAGGCGACAAACCUUUCAAAUGUGAUCGUUGUGGGAAACGCUUCACAACUGAGUACCUGUAUAAAGAGCACCUGGGCAAGCAUGCUGGUGAUAAGCCCUACAAAUGUGAGAUGUGUCCGAAGCAAUUCAACCACAAGACAGAUCUGCGAAGGCACCUCUGUCUUCACUCGGGUGAAAAGCCGUACACUUGUGAUGUUUGUGGUAAGGGAUUUAUUCGUAAGGACCACAUGUUAAAACAUGUCGAAACUCACAGCAGAAGCAAGCCUGCUAAUCUUUUAAAUGUGGGUAUGCAACAAAUUCGUGCUUAAUCCCUUAUCUAGUUAAUCCAGUGAAACAAAGUGAUUAUUAGUUUCCUUUGUGCGUGUCUAGGGCAUAUUGGACUUGUUUGAAGCUGAUGCUGGUGUGUCUGUCCAGAUGGGGCAAUGCAAUAAGCUCUCUCCCAGUUAUGUUGAUUUAGAUUGUUCUUAUUAAUUGUGCCAAAUUUUUUGAAAGUUAUGGGCCAUUAUUUUGUUAGGUUUCUGAUGUCUGUUACGUUGUUCCUUUCAUUUUUCUUGAUUAGCGUCAUUUAGACUUUUCAACGUUCCUUGCCUUUGUUAAUUGAUCAUCUUAGUUUGAAGUUCUAAUUUGUUUGUUUUUAAAUGUAAAACUCAAUUUUAAUUGCAAUUUAUUUAUUGUCAUUUUAACUUGUGCUAAGUAUGAAGUGUUACACCUGUUGUUGUGGGGAGCAUGUGGGGGCGUGAAAUGUGUGAUUUUAAUGUCCCCGACUUUAAGCAAUAAACUGCUCAAUUUAAUUUACAGACUGAAUGAAUUUGUGAGUGUGUAAAUGAAUUGCACAGUAUGAAAUUAUAUCAUGUAUGGGUAUCAUAUCAAAUCAGGAAUUGUAAGGAUAUCAAGAUUAAUUAAUGUACCUGCCUUCAGGAGUGACAUAUCCAAUGCAGCGUUUGUCAUAUAUUUUUCCAUAAUGCUCAUUUGUCUCCAAAGUGGCUCUAAGGGAGAUGUGUUUGACACGGGUUUUGAUCACAAAAUUGUGAAGCAACUUUUUAUCGAACUAACUGAAUUGUGCAAUCAUGUUUUUAGAAAUUUUCUUUGAUGAAGUGAAAAAUCAUGCCUGAUUUGUCUCUGAAAUUUGGCCUGUUUUGAAACUAGUUUUUCUGUUAGUUGUGAACGUGUCUCUCGUGAAUGUGUGACUGUCUGUGUGUGUGCGUAUGAGAGAGUUCGGGGAACGAGUGACGUCACCGCGCCGAGGAAAUGCCGAUACGGCGGAGCGCGGCAAGGUGGGGGGUGGGGGGCAGGGGGCAGAGCGUGGGGUCGGGGGACGGCUCCUCAAACUCAAACGAGUCCGCAGCUUCGUCUGCCCUGCCGUGCCGUGGCGUGCCCUGCCGUGGCGUGCCCUGCCGUGGCGUGCCUUGCGCCGUGACGCUAGUGGCACCUGAUCGCACCCCUGGCCUCUUGACGCAACUGGCGCGCCUGUCCGCCCUGUCCAAAUUGUACCUUCAGCGUGCCUUGCCAGCCUUGCCUCGUCCUUGUGCUGCACGCGCAAGUCGUCUCAACCUUGUUUUAAGUUAAUUUGCAAGUUAAAUUGUCACAAUGCCGUUUGAUUUGGUCGCUCAUGACACAGUAAACGAACGCACGUGUACGCUCUGUGCCAUAAAGGAACGCAACGGGUUCACCUCUUGUAAGCUCUGUUUUUCUUUUGUCUGUGUUUUAUUUCACCACUUUAUCUCAGUAACUUUUAAAAAAAUAAAUAUAUUUAUUGCACGGAGAGCGUCCGUGGUCUAAGUCAAUGUAAAUUAAGGAAACUGUGACGUCUCGCAUUUUGUUUUCAAUGGCAAGCAGUGACCUGAUUGGAUGAGUUUUUUUAUUUUGUUUUAAGACUGAUGACUGAUGACAUUUUUUUGUUUCUUGUAAAUACUCGUGAGCAGCCAUCAGAAUUAAGCUUCACACACGAACAAUUGCCGGUUGGAUACCAGUUAGAAUACAAAAAAUAAUUUUAUACGAUAAAGAGAUAGGUACAUAGCAUGUGCUAUGUCUUCUAGUAUUCAACUAUGAGCAAAUGACAAGAUCAAAGAAAUGUUUUAUGACAAGAUUUUAAAGGAUAUUUUUUUCUUGACUCAAAGUGUAAUGUAAAUAUGCUAUAUUAUGUACAACCAGACAUUCCACGGCGUUGUUGUUAUGUUUGAUAUGUUUUGUAUAGUUAUUUUAGCCGCCAUUUUCGGUUUGUUUGAUUUGCCCUGAUCAGAGGGACCCUUUGUUUUUGUUUACAGAAGAAAUGUAAAGGUGUUAUCAGUGUUGAUAUUAAUCGAUAGUCAAUUUGCGUUACAACUCUUAUAGCAAAAAAAAAUAUAGAUAGAUGGCUGUUCUUUUUGAGCUGCCUGCCAUGCAAUGUCAUUUCCUAUUUGAGGCAGCUCUUCGUGCCAAUUGGUUUAUGAAAAUUCCAUCCUGUGUACAUUUAGAAUGAAAUUGUGAAAGUAAUGAAUUGUAUUGAACUGUGAGUUACGUACUAGUGGUCGCCAUGCUACCAUUUAGUUCGCCUGACUUGUACAUAUUGGAACCCAGCUACCUCAACCUUAAGUCCGUAAACCAUAGUUCUAUUGACUGACUCUUCCGAUGAAUUAUAGUGCAGCUAAAUGUUUGAGUUGUUAUUAUAUAGAGACAUUAAAAUGCAAUUUUGCUCGAAA